UCAAGGAAGAGGAUCAUCUGAAAACAACAUUUGUACUAUUCGAAGGCACGUGGCAAUGGAUUUGAUGUCCUAUGGGGAUUUGCAAUACUCUGGCUACGUUCCAAAGAGCGAAGAACAUGACUUUUCAGAACUUCGUUAACAGGACCCGGUUGACACAAGGAAUCGUGAAUUUCUGCGUCAUCGUGUAUAUGGACGAUAUCCUGGUAUAUUCGGACUCUUUUCACGGGCAUGGUCAGCAUAUCGAGUGGACACUUGGAGCGCUGCGCGAUGCGGGCUUUAAAAUCGCCCUGGAGAAAAGCGAGUUUUUCCUUUCGGAAAUCUCAUUCCUCGGGUAUGUGGUGACUCGGGGAGGCUUACGGCCGGACUUGCGGAAGGUGGAUGCAGUUCGAGACGCGCCCACACCCACGUCACUGACACAGAUCGAGCUGAAGUGGACCCGGGACAACGAGCACCAUGCCGUGAACGAAGACGUAGAGUUACUCAUCAUUCAAGCUUGGAAAACGGAGGUAGAGCGAGAUUUGUUGGGAUUCGUCUUCGGAUCAGUGGAAGCGGGACAUCGACAACUGAUCGUAGGGGGGCUUCUAAUCCUUCUGACGCAGUUGCUGGAUGAUUUACCAAUCGACGUCAUCUCGCACUGCGACGAGAGUCCGGCGCCGCAUAUUCUUUCGCGCAGCCUGACGCCUUACCUUCAGUGGUCGGCGUGCUUGGAAGGUGAUUGGGAUAACCGUAAUUACCCGUCACACGGUAAUCACCUAAACCCCGGAGAGAUAAUCGAUAUUCUCUUCUUUGAUCGAGGUGAGCCGACGUCGGAAGAGGAAGAAGAAGUCGAGGGAGAGGAGGACGAAUCGGAAGGUAUCUCCGAGGAGGACGAGUAUUAUAGCGAGCAUAGUGAGCAUGAGUUGGGGGCAAUAAGCGAAGAAGAACAAAAAGACGAGGAAGAGGAAGCAAGUGAAGAGGAAGAGGCGGAACAGACGGAGCCACAAAGAGAGGACCCUGCGGACGCAGAGCAGCGGAGGGCAGAAAUAGCGGAAGGAAAGCGGCCACUAGAGCAAUUGGUGGGAACUGAUUUUCCAAUUCCAGACAAUCUGACCCGAGAUCCGGAGCCGCUGACGCAGGAAGACGAGCACCGUGCUGCAGAGACUUCGAGCGCGCCAUCGGCGCCGAUGCGGAGGCAACAGAUGGAGAGAGGGAGGGUCAAAUUCGAGGGUGCGAACAUGGUCUCGUAUGUAGCACAGUCAAAGGAAAUUGCGAAGUGGCUCCUUCGUCAACAGGAAUUGAAGAUCAAGCUGCAAGAAGGGGAGGAAUAUGUAAUCAUGUUCAAACCUUGGCGGCCACUCCAGGAACUUAAGGAAAUCAGGCUACAGGAAGUCGAGACGAAGUUCUGGGUUAUGGCGCUUCGAGUUCCAUUGGAUGCAUAUUAUUAUUUGUAUAGCGCGGUACAAGGUGUGUUUGGGGAGGUGUUGUUGAUGCAUGCGCCAGAAUAUGACAACUCAAGACCAAAGUUGAUGAAUAUUAAGUUUGAUAUGGCUCCUGACUCAAGAGAAAAGGUGGAUGAUGUCUCAACGAUUGAAGCACCUACAGGGGAAAGAUGGAAGCUGGAAAUUGCAACGCCUUACACGGAUUGGUGUCGGAGCUGCGGAUGGUACUUCCACACUGAGGCCAACUAUCCAAGAGCUCGUCAAGGAGAGGGAGUAGGCACUCAAGGUCGCAGAUCUGGGGGCCAUAGAGCGCGGUUCUCCCAACACCAACAAAGACAGAACAGGCAGGAGUCGCCACCUCAGGAAGCGGCGGAAAGGACAACUGCAAAUCAACAAGGCCGGACCCCAAGUGGGUCCCAACUUCAAGGAGCUGGAUGGGCCGAUCAGAUGGCAAGUGAAGGGGCUCAGAAUUGGGAGCGCGAGUACAGAAGUGGAGGACUUACAUCUCGAAGUGGGGGCCAAAUCGGUUUUGAAAGAGACUUGGGUCUGUUGAGGCAGGCAUUGAACUUUGGGCGAGAUGAAGGUUUUCAGGAAGAUAUGAGGGGCCCUACAGGCUUGUUUCAACCUAACUAUUCUAGAACAGUGAAUGCUGGUGCCAUCGAAGAGGGAUUCUCGGAAGGGCAAGGAGGCAAUUGGAUGCCUAUGGAGCAGGAAGGGUACGGCUUGGGUGGUGGCGGUGAUACCGAGCGGCGCUCUACAAGAGGGGAUAAGCCGCAGUUUAGAUCAGGGUCACAGCAGGACAACAGGGGGAAUUUGAACCAGAUCCACGAGGAAACAGGCAAGACGGAGAAAAAAGUGGGAGAUUUGUCAAGAUCCUCGGCCUCCUCGCACUCCAGGGUGCGAUGGGGGAGUGAAUGGUAUGAAAGGGGAGCUUCAGAACACUCAAAGGAUGAUCGCUCCUCCAUGUUGAGCUCGACAACCUCCAAAAACUCAGGGAAUGAAAGAAGCAAGGAAGUCGACCCCAUGGCGCAGCUACACGAUCGCAGAGCGGAUACUCUGCAAAAGAGCCAAGCCGAAAAAGUGCAAAGGAGACUCGUUCCCCUUCUGUGUACAAUGGCGAACAACGGUGCAUACUUCUUGGCGUUGGCACAACCGGAUGGAUCGUCGUUAUUACCUUCAAUUGAUGUGGAAAAGUCUCCGACCCCAUCCGACAUUCUUAACUUAACCGGGAUGAUGUACGGACAACUUGUCCCGAUACGGUUGAUUCCUCACUCAACGAUGGUGAGUCUGAUCAUAGAAUCGAAUGCUCGAUUCUAUAAGUUAUAUUUUUCGUUGCUUGAUGCUCGCAUCCCUCCAGAACUGGCAGAUUCCCUGAUGCAGGGGGGCAUGAGGUGGGUUCGGCUUGCUGACUUGUAAGUAGGGGAGUUAGACUCUAUCAAAGUUCUUCCGGGGAUCUCCGCCAGUAUCUUGAUAACAGUAAAUGAGAAACUGCAGG